AUAAUAUUUAAAUUCGUUUCAACAACAAGAUAUUACAAUGAAUUAUUAUUUCAUAAUUUUUUGGACAUCUUAUAUUUUUCUGCAAUCAUCAGCUGAACCUACUCACCGUUACAAGCCCCAAUGUAAAUACAAUGAGCAGGAUCUUACUGUGACAGGAAGUAUUGGAAAACCACUUGCUAUAAAUGUUUUACCACCAGCAUUUGAUGAGGUAAUUUUAAAAAGUUGUCAGUUUGAUGAAGAAUCUCAUUACGAUAAUGGAUAUUACGACAUUGAUCAAACUUAUAAUAGUUUGACACAUGGAACAUAUGCUGAAAAAAUAAAUUUUACAUCACUGCAAGAAGCAAAAUCUUGUUCAUUUAUAAUAAAAAGUCUAGAUGAAAGUUUCAUCGGCAGAUGGAUUAUCAAAACAAGAUUUGAUGGUAUAAAUAAAUCCAAACAAAAAAUAUGGGGUGAGAAGGAUGAUCGUGUUGAAAUAAUUGAUAAAAAUAAACCAAGAGAAGAUUUAUAAUUAUUUAAAAAUUAUAUAAAUA